CUGUGGUGAUGCGUUUCCUCUUACCUAAGCCGACGCCAUUUUGUUCUCAGUUCGAGUGGGCAAGAGAACGCGGCGGUCGUGUUGUUCUUUCAAGAACCAAUGUUUUAACUCUAAAUGUAAAACUGUAACUAACGUACCGCUGAAGAUGAAAAUUUCAUGCGCCGAGUAAUUCUGGUAAAUUUGUCUUGAUUUGUGUCGUGCAAAUGCAUUUUGAUCUUGCUAAGCAGAUGUGUGUUGUCUAGCUAUUUGCCAUAAUUUCACUCCGUGGACAGUUUAUUAGGUUCCACCCCGUUUUAGAAAAACCCUGUUGUGCCAUGCAGAUACGCAAAAUGCAUUCGGUUACUGUUCGUCUGAUGAAUAGAAUGGGCAGAACGAGUUAUUUAAACGACUCUGAGAUUACGGCUGGUGCUAUACGUGCCGGUUACACUGUCCGUGAAACGGCAAUCCCAUUUUUUCAUGUACGACAGUGUCUGUUGUACCAAGAAAGGUGUGCAAAACUCAAAACAUAGUAACAGUCAUGGGGUCGCAAACAUCUCUGAUGAUAAAAGUCGGAGAAGUGCAAGGAUUGGGAACAAAUAACAGCACAGUAUGACAAUGGUGUGCAGAAGGGCAUUUUGGGACGUCAACCUAGUAGAGCAUCUUUGUGGAGAGAUGGAACGGUUUACAUGGAAUUUCCAGUAUGUAGUAGUCCAUGAAUACUUGUCUCUUAACCUAAUAAACUGGCCACUGAUGGUAUAGGUAACAAGACUGGAACACUUGACUUGGCUCAGUGGUAGUAGUUUAUGGUUAAGCCCUAAUGUCUAGCUUAUCACUUAAAGAUAGUUACUCAGCAUCCGUUUCAAGAUACAAGGUGUAUCUUGAAACACAACAUGUGUUUGAAAUUUGAGAGUGAGUAACUGUUUGGAUCAGAUGCUAUCCUUUGACCUCAAAGCUUUGCAAUGGUGAAAGUCCUCCUAAAUGUGAAGCUGCAACAUGACUCCUAUGCAACACAUUGAUGUGAAAUCAUAUUGAUGACAGCUGCUGUGUAUGUUUGUGUGCCAGUGUCUGCCCUUUAAUGACCAUUCUUUUCAGCUGCCUGGGGAGUCUUCUUGUCUUUUCAAGGUUUAGCAGCAGCUCCUCUUUUCGGUGGACCUCUGGAAGUGGAUAGGAAAGAAUGUAGAUCCCCAGAAGAUUCCCCCCCCCCCCAAAAAAAGCAGCGUUUUCCCUCUCCCCACCUUGUCUGCCCUCCACCUUAACCCACCAAGUAUUGGAAGACCUUGAAGAUUUUUUUUUGAUCCACAAUUAUUUUCCCUAAUUGCCCCCUCCCAUUUUACUUGCCAAUUCUUGCCAGUCCAUCCCUCCCAAGUAAUUUUCUUGGAUGAAAACCCAGAAAGGAGAUGCAGCUUUUUUCCUUUUCAUCUCGCUUUUUAACCACCUCAGUUUCUCUAUCCAGUUAUUCCUUUCUAUUAAAAACAAACAAAAAAACAACCAACCCAUGGACACUCUGUUAAGCUUUAUCAGUCUGGUGUCCAGGCCAGGUGUUCUCUGGAGGUCCUAGGACGACUAUCUCUGGCACACCUUUACACUCUUAUCUCAUGGACCAAGUGUUCCUUCAGGACCUCUAUUGCCACGGAGACGCCCAGUCAGAAGUGCUCAGAGAGGAGGAGAGAUCAUCUCAACCACACCAGCGAGUUUCCUGAGGACCCUGAAUAGACCUACCGUGCCGCCAUCCCACUAAACAGGGCUGUGACACCAUCAUCCACCCCCUGAAAACACCAGCCGUGACGCCAUCAUCCACACCCUAAGAAAAACACCAGCCGUGACGCCAUCAUCCACCCCCUGAAAAAAACACCAGCCGUGAAGCCAUCAUCCACCCCCUGAAAAAAACACCAGCUGUGAGUGACGCCAUCAUCCGCCCCUGAAAACCCACCAAAAGUUUACCAGUCCUAAAGGUUUGAUCAUGACGAACAAUGGAGACGACUGCUACUUCUUCUACUACUCCACCUGCACCAAGGGAGACAGCUGUCCGUUCAGACACUGCAAGGCAGCCAUGGGCAGUGAGACGGUCUGCAGCCUCUGGCAGGAGGGACGCUGCUUUCGUAUGGUCUGCAAGUUCCGCCACAUGGAGAUCAAGAAAAAUCGCAGAGAGAUUGCCUGCUACUGGGAAAACCAGCCGGCCGGCUGUCAGAAGUCACACUGUGCAUUCCACCAUGAGAAACCCCGCUUCAUCGAUGGCCACUUUGUCCCUGCAGAUAAAGGCUCUGCCUCUAAUGAAGUGGAACAGCCCCAAGAAGAGCCUGCCCCCCCACCUCCUCCCGCCCCUCUCCCCAGCGCAGCCAAUCCCCAACUCCGAGGGGUCAUCAAGGCAGAGACUCAGGAGAGUGUUCCCAGCCCCACCCACCCGCCUGUGGUCAUCAACCCAGCAGAUGACGAUGAGGACGAGGAUGAUCAGUGCUCCGAGGACGAGACUUCUCCCAGGAAGCUGGCCAAGGUCUCCAGCUCGGACGACUCUAUGAACUUUGGCAUCCGGACCCUGGAGGAGAUCCGCCUGAGGAGGGCCCUAAAGGCCAGCAUGAAGAGAUACGGUACCCCACUAGAGGAGGCCUCCCUGUCUGGCCAGGUGACCAACGGAGGCGGUAAAGAGGAGAGCAUGACCGUGUAUGGCGGCCCCGCCCUCUUCUCUGCCACCAGCGAGGUCGCCGCCUGCAGAGAAGUAACUGGAAGACGCAACGUUGCCGACAGACUGGGGAAAAGAAUCCACAGAAGAGAUGACUGUGACCUGCCGCUGAAACGCUGCCUGGCAGCACGCCUGGGCGGGGUGGUGGGUGAGGACGAGGGCAACCCUUCUAAAGCUCCUAAACCCGUCAGGGAUAGACUGAGGAGGUCAGUUCAACCAAGUGCUCCAACAGAAUCAGACUGCCUCACAGCAGAGCCUCGUGGCGAGUCUGAUAAGGCUCCCCCAGAGAUCCACAUCAAGACACUGGAGGAGAUCAGACUGGCUAAGGCAGCCAAAUCCCAAAAUCUGAAAACUGCACCUCCCAUCACCACCACAGCCACUAAAACCUCUCCAAAGGUUUCCAAGAGGUCCAUUAUGGUCAAAGCGGCCUCCAUUGUCCAGGUCAAGACCUUCUCUGAGGUCCUUCACGCCAAGAAGAAGCUGCAGAAGGAACGUCUCCAGAAGACCAAACCACAGUCCUCUUCUGGAGCUCCCAGUGGCUCCCCCACCAAGGGCCCCGCGGAGGAAGCUGUGCCCGGCCGCGGGCUCAGCUUCACCCUCACUCCGGGGGUGAGGGUGAAGACCCUGGAGGAGAUCCGCAGGGAGAAAGCAGCCAGGAUGCAGGCCAAGUGCCAGGGGGAGGACGAGGGGGAGGCUGGGGGCAAGGCGGCCAGGAAACCCCAGUUACCACGCAUCAGAAAGCCUACUUCCCCUGAGGGCAGCAGUAACUCUCAGAAGAGCUGUGGGCCGGCUGAGAGCCCAGGAGAACCUACCAUCACCACAGAGGUCAAGGUCUGUGGUGCGUCUGGGAACGGUGUGAAGACCUUCCAGGAGAUCAUGCGUGAGAAGCAGCUCCGUAGGCAGGAGGACUUGGCAGCCUCCAACAGCCCUUCAGACAGCUCGGUGGAGGCAGAGACCGCUCGGUCUGAGCCCCCUGCCAUCCAGAGGAAGGUCAGAGUGCUGGCAAGCCCCUCCAGCUCCUCUCCCUCCUCCUCGCCGUGCCUCGUUCCGGAGCUGGCCCCCACUGUCCCUAAGGCUGUGCCUGUUGGCCAGCGCGUCCUCCUCAGCCCAAAGGUGGCUCCUCCCACCGUCAGCACUGCGACCUCCCCCCAGCACGGGCCCCCCCCCAAGCUGGCAGAGCCCUCCAGCCCUGCUCCAGGGAGGAGGGGCUUCCCAGGGCCCUCCCAGGAGGCCAGAGGAGUGGCCCCGCCUGCGCUGGACAGCACUCUGCUGAACCAAGAUGGCGCCCAUCACGAGUCCCCAGGACCAGCCACCGGGGCCAAAGUGCGGCCCAAGCUGAACGUGAAGCCGUCGGUAGUGAAGCCAGCAGCCCAGGUGAAACCGGGUCAGAAGCGCAAGGCAGCCGAGUCUGCUGUGGCGGCGGUCAAGCCCCUGAACAGCGCCUCCAGAGCACACGACAACAUGCCCAGCAAACGAACAGCGGUGUCCCUUCAGGUGUCCACACCCUCCUCCCUCCAGAUGCCCGCACCACCAGCGCUGGGGCCGAGCCCAGGCAUCAGCCCCCUGGAGGAGCUCCAGGCUGCCCACACGCUCAACACUGCCAUCCCCGGCAACACAGCUCCUGCCAGGGAUGCCUGCAGUGUCCCUCAGAGUCCUGUGACCAAGGUGGCGGGCGAGGGUCGCUCCCGACGCCUCAGCCUGGCCACCUCCUCGGGGCUGGACACAUUUGAGGAUCUGAUGAACGAGUUCACCGACAACCUGGAGGACGAACAGGACCGUGGCAAGGCUGGGGAUGACCUGCUCCGGGAGCUGUCUGAGAUGAUAGACAACUAAAGGACAGCUAGAGGACAAGCCUGCUUCAGUAUCUGUCUCAGAUGAUAGACAACUAGAGGACAGGAGCUGUCUGAGAUAUACACAACUAAAAGACAGCUAAAGGACAGGCCUGUUGCAGAAGCUGCCUGAUAUGAAGACAACUAAAGGACACACACCGCUACUCUCAACCUUAAUCAUCUGAAUAUGAAAUUGGACUCACAUUUAAAAACCCAUUGUUGAACAUCGAGUUUCAGCUGUCAGAACUCAUCUAAUGCCAUAGCUUUCCCAGCACCUUGUGGUCAUGGGCGUUAAUUAACAUAAUUUGCAUAUUACCAGACUUACACCAACAUGGACCCAUUCCACUUCAAUUAAAGUUUGUAGUAUUUCCUACUUUAGACAAUUUAUUUUUGUUUUUAUUCUGUCUUUACAUUUUAGUUGUUUCACUUGUUUGUUUUCUCAGGAACAGUCUUAAACGCUUUUACAUUUUUCUGUACUUCUAAUUGGUUUAAAUGAUACUAGUGAUGUACUCGUCCCUUACGAAUUGUUUUGGUUCUUUCCGUGCUCUUCUGUUUUUCUGGUGUUCUUAUAGAGAACCAAACCAACCAUAUAUCUACAGAAGAAAACCUGUCUAGUAAGCAUUCUCAGGCAAUUCCUGACCUUAUUAUUGGGCAUAUUUGUUCAUAAAACUGAUGUUGAAUCAUGUACCAUUGUUGCAGAAAGACUCAAACAUGUAUACUGUGUAUGCUCGAGUGAAUUCGCUUUUUAAAGGGACCCUUAGCAAGUGGCCGGGGACACUGCAACGCUGUCAAGUCUCUCAUCGAGGGAUCUGAAUUCUCAACAAUCAUGUACAGUUUUGUGUCUUUUUUGAGGUUUGAGCAAAAAUGGAGUUGAGAAUAUAGAAACAUUACUUAAACGAUUGGUUAAAGGGGUACCUGUCCAAAAGCAAGUCUUUUUAUGUAAAAAGUUGUUUUAGAUUCUUCACUUUUGUGGAAUGGUCUACCUUUGUGAUACAACAUCCAUUUUUGAGCAUUAGCUCCUAUAAAAACAAUUUUAUUUAUUAGCUGCACAUUUAUCAUAAAUGUAUAUCUUGUGCCACACAUUUAGCACGCAAGUCAUGUAUUUGGUACCUGCUUUUAACUUGAGUGGUAGAAUUGUUAACAACAUUUUGAAACAACUACUUGCUGUUCUCUCCCCCCCUCCCCCCCAAAAGAAAAAAAAAAUAAGAGGGGGAAAGAAAAAACAA